CCGAUAAACACUGUGCACGUUUUUGAUGAAAACAAUAGUUACAUUUGUUUUGUGUAAUUCUACAAUUUUCAGCACAAUGGGCGCAUUGGCAGAGCUUGCAGGAGAUGAAAAAAAUGGAGACGGUUCCCGCACAUUUGUUUUCAUAAAUGAGGGACACACGCUUGGAAAUGCGUUAAAAACAAUUAUAGCCCGCUACCCGGAGGUCGACUUUUGCGGUUAUACGAUACCACAUCCCACAGAGCAAAAGCUGCAUUUCCGCAUACAGUCGCACCGCGAGCGCGCGAUUGACUUGCUGAAGCGGGGACUUGAGGACCUGGAGGCGCUGUGCGAUCAUACAAUCGAAACGUUUGAGAAAGAGAUGAAUGUCUUUAAUGCCUCAGCUUUAGAAGUUAACUAAUACACUAGCC